UUCCAGGAUUUAAAGUGGGAUCCUGAACUAUGUCAACAUUCCUCACCCAGGCAGCCCCCAAUAGCAGUACUUCAAUGGCCCCAACCUUCCUGCUAGUGGGCAUGCCAGGCCUAUCAGUGGUACCUUCCUGGUGGACAAUACCCCUCAUCACCGUUUACCUUCUUUCUGUUCUGGGAAACGGUACUAUUCUCUGGAUCAUUGCCAUGGAGCCCACCUUGCACUACCCAAUGUACUUCCUUCUUCCCUCUGUCCUGCUUGGUGUGUCUGAUGUUGGUGUGGCCACAGCCUUGAUGCCCACCCUGCUGGGUCUUGCCCUUGCUAACGCUCAUGUUGUCCCUGCCUCAGCCUGCCUCCUGCAGAUGUUCUUUGUCCAUGUCUUCUCCAUCAUGGAAUCCUCUGUCUUGCUCACCAUGGCCUUAGAUAGGGGCACUGGCCAUCUAUCUACCUCCCUCCUCCACUACCCAACACUUCUCACCAAUGAUGUCAUUAGAAAAAUCAGCCUUGCCAUUGUUUUCAGAUGUCUGGGUCUCCAUUUGCCCCUGCCAUUCCUCCUGGCCUACAUGCCCUACUGCCACCCACAGGUCCUGACCCAUUCUUAUUGCUUGCACCCAGAUAUGGCCCGACUGGCCUGCCCAGGAGCAUGGGUGCAGUCUACAGCUCUUCGUGGUCCUAUCAGCCAUGGGAUUGGUCCAUUGCUUAUUUUCUUCUCCACUGGCCUAAUUGGCAGGGUAUUGCAAGGUUUGGGAUCCAAUGAGAAUCGCUGGAAGGCUGCAACCUGUGCUGCCCACCUCUGUGCUGUGCUCCUCUUCUAUGUUCCCAUGAUCCUCCUGGCACUCAUUGACCGUCUUAGGGUGCCAUUCCCUCGACCUGCCCAUACUCUGCUCUCCUAUGUCCACUUCCUGCUUCCUCCAUUGAUAAACCCUAUUCUCUAUAGUGUCAAGAUGAAGGAGAUUAGAGAGAGAAUAUUCAAAAGGUUACAGCCCAGGAAGAUAGGUUGCACUCAGUGAAGAGGAUGGCCCACCACAUUUGACAACUCAAGGCUACCUGAUCCAAAGGUUUGCAUGACUGAGAACUCAGUUCACCCAUGCAAUUAAAUGGUCUUUCUACUGAGCAUAAUGCACAUGCACAAUGGAUGGUAGUAUGCCUGUUCCUAGACAUGUGCCUGUGUAUAUUGAUGAAAGCUUAUGAAUCUCAGAGAAUGGCAGUGGCCCACCCACUGUUACACUACAGAUCAAUGGCACUGAAAGAGCCAGAAUCUAGGUCUUGUCACAACCAUCCAGUAUGUCUUUUUUGUUAAUUUCCACACUACAUCCAAUAUCCAAAUAGCUGAUGAAA